GCGCAUGGCCACAACCUAACAUUUCGUUAGUAUUCCAGGAAUCUUCCUCCUCCCACAAAUGUACCACUUUAGCUGUCCGUCAGUGGAAAAAACACAAUCCAAGAAAGUAAUCUUCCAGCCGGUAAGUCUCGAGGACCGUUUGGGGAUGAAACCCUCAGGUUUCGGGCGCCGUCCAUCUGUCAAGAGAUGAGUAGAGACCAGCCGCGGGUUGAAAUGGACCUGGCCUUAGGAUCAGCCAAGUGUUAUGGGUCCUCGAGGAGCAUUGUGAGAAGAAUCGCCUCGAGUCUUCCUUUCGAUCCCUGCCCCAGGGUUCAUUUUCAGCUUUAUCCGUACAACGAGGACGCCGGUGUCCUGAUCGGCGCGAGGAGGCAGACCGGUUUGGUGGCCUCUCUGGCUGAUGUCGCCUGGCUCGACGGGGAUGAGGAGGAAGACGAUGUCGACUCCUUUGGCAGACCUAGCAGGUCAGCGAUCCCAGCGGGGCUCGUGUUUCGAGCUCGCCAGCCUCAUCCUCAGAGACCGGCCUUGCCUCGCCAGAGGUCACUACCAAGCCUGCAUCAGGGGACUCCGGACCCCGAGGGGCCAACGGCCACCAACGACGAGGCCAUUCAGAAAAUCGGCGCGCUGGAGACCGAACUUGCCAAACUCCGAGCUCAGAUUGCACAAAUCGUAUUGGCUCAGGAAAAGACCACUCAGCCAGCUGCUACCACAGUGGCACAUCCACCUCCCCCUCCACCCUGUGGCACUCUGCCUCCCCCUCCUCCACCACCACCACCUCCCCCUCCGCUACCUCCACCCAUGAGUCUUCAGCGGACUUUUUCUGCCAUUGACUUGAUAAAGGAGCGCAGAGGGAAGAAGGGAGACGGCCAGACACUUCUGGAUUCCCAGCCAGCCGUCCCCAGCAUGCUCGACGUCCUGAAAGACAUGAGCAAAGUCAAGUUGCGAUCCGUCAAAAGUCGGCCGGGGGACUGCGAAGCCAAGGGGAAGUGCAGCGAGCCCAUAGACGCCGCAUCCCUCAUCGCCGAGGCCCUGAAGCGCAAGUUCGCCCACCGCUAUCGACACGACAGCGAACAAGGAGACCGGGCGAAUUUCAAACUUCCCGUUUCAGAAGGGAAACCUCGGACUGAAACCCCGUUGUUUGGGCAGCACAUGUUGAAGUCGACUGGAAAGAAGAAGCUGCUCUGAUCAGCUGAUUGGGAUCUCGAGGUCCAGAUGUGCCGCGGACACUUAAGCGCCUUAUCACCCUCUUUAUAUGCACUGUUUCUUUCUGUGGAACGAGGGAAUCGGCCUGAAGUGGAUGGCCGGCUGCUCCAAGUAUCAGUCAUCUUCACCAUCUGUUUAUUGCACUUUUAUAACUACAUAAUGUUAGCUUUCUGUUUUACAAACAUGAUUUUGUUUGUUAAACUGAAGGUUUUUGUGUUGAAUAGUUCAAACGUCUGUCCUGAGGGAACAGGGUCAGAGGCAACACUACACAAUCAAUAAUCGUUAUAAGUGUUGUUGUUCAAUCAUAACUUAUGUUGAACUUGUUGCACAUUUGAUUCUUUUUGCAUUACCAUUUCAGAGGGACGGUGAAAGAGUUCUUCUGCCACAGAAGAAAGUAAGCUUUCUUACUUGAAUGUUGUGCUGUAUCGAUCGGCUAAUUUAUGAUUGGGAUCCUUUUAUUUAUGUUGUCAUUUAAGUAAAUAAUUAAGAGUUUUAACAGAGCUAAUUAUGUCUUCGAUUUGUCAGUAAUUAAUAAUCUCUUUUAGACGGCUUUGUACUUUAUUUGUUGAGUCUGUGUGAGUUGUGUCUCAGUUGCCUGUCAUGUCAGGGAUUGUGUGUCUUCGUUGACAUCACUUAUCUCUUUAGUACGAUCUGUUCAAGAGCCAAAGACAUUCCAAUGAUGACCUGCGAGAUUCUGCCUUUCACUGCUACAUAUUUUUUCCCUUCCUUUAGUGAAGCCAAGUUCAUAAUUCUUGUUUGGAUUCAGGCAAUUAUGCAACUUCUCUAUUUGUUAAAGAUUCUUUCUCAGAAAUGAAAGACUCAGUUUAACAUAACCAGUGAGGAAAUGCUGUAUUAUGGUAACUUUCUAUAUUUAAAAAAACAUUUUAGUCGUGGGUCCUACGGUACCCAUUAUAAAUAUUCCAACGGUAUAAAUUAUAUAGAAUUUUAUUUUCAUGCCUCAGCUUUGAAAAAGACACUAAUGGGCCUUUGAGGUUUUUAUCUACUUGUUCAAAGUGAUUGCUUAGUUCUGUUCAUUAUGCCAGUGUAGUUGCUGCUAUAAGUCAACUCAAUCAUAUUAUGGGCCGAGUGUCAGUAGGAUUUGAGAAGUUGUCAAAUAAAAAUGUGUUCCAUCGUGA